AUGGGCAAUCCAUGGUCACCAAGUAACCCCAGUGGAACUGUUAUUCUUCGACUGGCCGAAAAUAGUCUUUUGCAUGAUGAAGUUGUAGAGUUCUUCAACAAACAGAUCAAUGUGCAACCUGCCGAGCACCUAACGUACUGCACAGGGCCCCGUGGAUCCCGACGUCUUCGAAGUGCUGCUGCCGCCUUGUUAAAUGAUGAUUUUCAGUCCAAAGAGAUAAUUACUGCUGACAACAUCCUCAUCACACCAGGCGUGGCCAGUGCGAUUGAUGGACUCGCCUGGUCAAUAUGUGAGGAUGGGGAUGGUAUCUUAGUCCCACAACCAUUUUACAAUGGCUUCACUGUGGAUCUACUGAACAGAAGCAAUGCCCGUGUGAGCAAAGUACGACGGUAUCACCGUGAAGGCUCUGCUUAUUUCGAAGUACGUCUUAUAUCCGAAAGAAAAUCCAAGUCGGGCGUCACUAAUCAUCAUAUCAGCCCCCACAACCCUCUCGGAAGAUGUUAUCCUGCCGAGACACUGAGAGCGUUCAUCAGAUUUUGUGCAGAUAACCAACUGCAUUUCAUAUCUGAUGAAAUUUAUGCGAAGUCGCCUUUCGCCAACCCUGCCAUUCCGAGCCCAGUCCCCUUCAUAUCCACCCUUUCUCUCGAUUACCAAAGCCUUAUAGAUCCAUCGCUUGUGCAUAUCCUUUAUGGUGCAAGUAAAGACUUCUGUGCCAAUGGAAUACGACUAGGACUCGUUUGCACAAAGAACGAGGGUAUCAUGGGAGCAAUGUCAAGCAUCGGGUCAGUCUUAUCCUCUCAAUAUAAUUUGCCCUCGCUGAUAAUUGAAAUUUCAAGAAUAUUCUCUUGGUCACCCCAUUUACUUCAAGAUAUUUGGGCUGCUAUGCUUGAAGAUCGGGAAUGGUUGGAGAAAUUCAUGACGAAAAAAGCAGAACUUAUGGCAGAGAACUAUAAGAUAGCAACAACGUUUUGCUCAGACCGAGGGAUCAACUACUAUGAGAUGUGA